UUACAUAAAAUACAAAAAAUACAAACUAAAAAUAUCUUAAUUGUAUAUUCAUGUUUGUUGUGUUAAACAUUGGAAAUCACGUACUCUCAUAGGCAGAUCAUUUAAUGUUCUCCUGUAAAUUGUUUACAAUUGGUAGAAAAUUAUCAAGUUUAAACAUAACCUAUCUUGUGAAAUCGACAAGUGUUUUUGUUGCUUGCGGUUGUCAAGGCUAAAUUUAUACUGACCCAACCCAUAAAAUAUUGUUUGCAGUCAAGCUAAUUGACUAUUCUUGAUUGUCUAAUGAGUUUAUAAAAGUUAGUAAAGAUUUAGAUUUUUUUGUGUUGGACAAGAAUAUUGAAAAUCGAAUGUUUUACUUUUUGUUUACAUUCGUCAUUGUUUUACAUUCCUGCCAUUGUUGUGCAUCAGAUAGUUUUCGUGAUCUAUUUCAAAAAGAGAUAAGAUCACCAAAGAAUUUUUACAGUUUUUACAUGAUAAGUGGAGUGACAAAAAUGAUUCAUCACAAGUGUAUUAAUGGACUUUAUCCUUCGAGUAACAUUUUAAGAUUUGAAGUUCCGGAGGAUAAAGUAUCAUGGAAUGUGAAAUUUUUGGAAUAUCAACCAAACGAAUACAAUUCACCAGUAUUGACAGGAAAACCUUGGGCUGAUCCGAAUAUAAAUGAUCCUUCAUUUGAUCCAAAAUGGAAUAUGGAAGAUGGUAAUGUGAAUCGAAAGAGUUAUGUGAAAGAUUACGAAAUAAAUGAGAAUGGACUGCCUCAAAAUCCAAUUGGAAGAACUGGUAUAAUUGGACGGGGACUUUUGGGACGUUGGGGACCAAAUCAUGCAGCCGAUCCAAUUGUCACUCGUUGGAAACGAAAUGGCACGGGUGCAAUGGAAAUUGACAGAAAAUCGGAGAAACCGAUACUUCAAUUUGUUGCGAUAGAAAGAAAAGAUUCGAAAGAAUGGGCAAUUCCAGGAGGAAUGGUUGAUCCGGGAGAAAAAAUCUCACAAACUUUAAAGCGUGAAUUUAUGGAAGAAGCACUUGAUGCACUUGACAAAACACCAGAGGAACGAGAGGAAUUGGAAAGUGCUUUGAAGAAAUUUUUUGAUCGUGGCGAUGAAGUUUAUCAAGGAUACGUGGAUGAUCCACGUAAUACAGAUAACGCCUGGAUGGAGACAAUGGCCUUAAAUUUUCACGACGAAGACGGUAGCACUGUUGGUGAAAUAAAUCUAAAAGCCGGCGAUGAUGCCGGUAAUGUAAGAUGGAUGGAUGUUGACAGAAAAAUGAUCCUUUACGCCAAUCAUGUUGAUUUUAUAAAACAAACCGUACAUAAAAGAAACGCUCAUUGGUAACAAAAAAGUACAAACAAAAAAUUGCCUUUACCAAAAUAUUUUUAUACUAACUUUUUUCUCUACAAGAAAAAACAAGAUUUUUAUAAUGUUCUUAAAAAAUCUUGUUCUCCUUUAUUUUAAAAUAAAAUAGUAAAAAGUUAAAUAAGGAAACUAGUUUCUUUUUAAAUUACGGUUUUUAUUACUGUAUACACGGAUAUUUUACAGAUUUCGAUAAUUAAGAAGAAAAAUCACAGGUAACAAUCUAUGGUCAAGUUUCGUUGACUUUAGUUUUUAUCGAUUUUAAAAAAACAAAAAAAUACGAAAUCAUUCGUAAAAUAUACAUUUUUUUAUAAUAUAUUUUUCUUAAUAUAUAAUUUUCCAAAAAAAAAAAAAUUAAAACCAUUUUUUAUAAAAAUAGAAUUAACGAAUA